UGUCCAAAGCUAUCCAAGAAGAAGGUAGGGCUUCCUCUAAAUGAUCACAGGGCUCAGUGAGGCAAGGCAGGGCAGACCGGCGGGAGACGGGGACUAGGGACGCGCGGCAGUGCAAAAGGAAAACCCGCAAAACAGGACACAGGGCUCACCGCAACAGCGCAACAAUAGAACGCCGAUUAUUGACAGGCUUCCUAAAUACCCACUGCAGCCUUACGCCCGACAUCCUGCCUGCCAGCGCCUCUUUAGCCCCAUUUGAACGGCCGAUGAAUGGAUGCGGAGACUGACGCUGUUGCAUUUGUGUGUCGCUGGCAGUCUGCAACCAUGGCUAACCUCACGUACUCCCACCCCCGCAACUACGGCAAGGACUCGCGUCACUGCCGUGUGUGCAAGACCACCCGUGGUCUGAUCCGCAAGUACCACCUGAACAUGUGCCGUCGCUGCUUCCGCGAGCGCGCCACGGACAUUGGCUUCGUCAAGUACCGGUAAAUAUGUUAUUGGUCGGCCAACCGCUCGCUGGACGACGGGGAGACGCGCGCGUGAUUAGUCGCGCUCGCUAACGCUGACGCCUGCGACUACGCGUGCGAUGGAAAGAGGUUGUUUAGAUACGCCGAAGGACACGUCAUUUUAGUUCAUUCUGAGGAGCUGAAGAUAUGGUGGAAAAUGCUGCCGUCGAGGCUGCUUCGCUGUCAUUCUUCGGGUAAUCGAAUGAAGCUAAAUUGCAAAAGACUCCUCCC